UUUGGCGUUUUGUGGUACCUAGUAAUGCAUGUCAGGAAAAGCAUGUAAAAUACUUUGCAUUGUUUUUUUUAUUACAACUGGACAAAUCCGAAGACAUAAUAUUUGUGGAUUAAAUUGUUAUCAGUUAUCCAGAUCAUGCAAGAUGUCAUGGUUGUCAGGACUGACAGGAAAAGCUGAGGAUUUUCUGAAUAAGUUGGACCAAUCAGCAGCCCAAGCUCUGACCAAAACUGAAGAGGAGGGUCUCCUGAACACCUCCCUACCAGUCACAUCUGACCGCCACUCUCCUCCCUCCUCCUUGUCAACAAGACAUUUACAACAAGCAGGGUCCCAGAGUGUCCCAGCCAAGACAUCAAGAACUGGUGGUGAUUUCUCUUCAUAUGGUGUUAGUACGCCUGUAAGGCAAUCGAGCAAACUCCAGACUAGUGGAACUCCCAAAACUGUGAAACCCAAAACUACUGAAACUACCCCUAAACAGGCACCUCCUGAGUCAAAUAUAAGUCAGGAUGUGACAUCCAAGAAAAAAAUAGACACAGAUGCUGCCUUGUUUGAUUUUCUUAAUAGUCCUGAACCAUUAGAGACGAAAAAGACAGAAUCUUCAGAGACAAAAAAGAAGACUACACCAGCCAGCAGUGCUAGACAUUCCAGACAAUCAAGUACAUCAUCAGUGGUUUCAAACAAGGGUGGAAAGGUCAUACAAGAAAGUGACACCCCUGUCUCCACCAGUGGAUCUUCUAUUGUUCACAUAGAAUCUCUGCCAUCCGGAUCAGAUCCUGGAGACAGGAGUCCCACAGAGCUGGAUGGCACCACUGAUGUGGCAGCCCUGGCAGAUGCCAUGAUGGAACAGAGUCCUAGCAACAGUGUCCAUAGCAACCAGGAAGUAGAGCCACAUGGUGAGCUAGAGCAGAAAGUCUCAUCAUUAGAACUGGAAAACAAACUCCUGAAAAAUGAGGUGUCUUCACUGAACCAGGAAAUGGCAACUGUUCUUCAGAGAUCCAAAGAUGCACAAAGUGAGGUGGAGCAAAUGAGGAGGAAGAUGGACAAUUAUCAGAAGACCCAAUCCCAGUCCGACCAGUUAGUGAGAGAGUUACAGUCCAGGGAAUCUGACUUAAUGGAAGCCCUCCAAGCAAAGGACUCCCAGUUAGGAGUUCUCCGGAUCCGUCUAGAGGAGGCAGACAAACAGAUGGAAUCCAAACAGAAAAGUAUCUCCGAGCUAGAGGAGGAAAGGGGCAGAAUAUUAAGGGACCACAGUGAUUCUACUGGAGUACAUAGCCAAGCUCUGGAUUCUGUUCAAGCUAAACUGUCUGAGGUAGAAGGGGCACUAAGGAGAGAACAGGAUGCCCUUAAACAAGUACAGCAAGAAGCAUCUGAUCGACAGAGCAGGCUAGAACAGGAACAGAGAAGUCUGGCCGAUGCUUUAACAGCGGCAGACAGGAGAGCAACAGAGGAGAAAAGUAAGGCAAGUGAUUUGGCCAAUCAGCUGAAGGCAGCUAAGCAGAGUGCUGAUAGUGCCAGACAAGAGCUGGCAGAUUAUAAAGAGAAAGCAGCAAGAAUUUUACAGUCCAAGGAACGGCUGAUUGCCAGUCUAAGGGAAGGGUCUGGAGCCUCCGGUGAGUCCAUGGGUGUGUCCAACUUAGAGUAUGACUCUGUGAAGCAGGAACGAGACAUGUUUAAAGAGGAAUUACAGCAGUACAAAAUGACAGUUGAGAACUUGAGAAUGGAGCUUUUGGACAUGGAAACCCAGCUUCAGCAUGACAGUGACACAGCUAAUGAACAGAUUCGAUCUCUGGAGGACAAUGUCAGCAGUGAAAAACAGAGAAGAGAGGAGGCAGAACAGGAACUCUUAAAACAAAAACAGGAAUUGCAAUACAACAUUGAGGAGCUGAGGAAGACCAAAAUGACUUAUCAGACCUGUAUCAAAGACAGAGAAGCGGAGAUUGAGAAACUUAGAAACCAGAUCAUGACCAAGUCAAUGAGUUCAUCAACUGAGAAUGAGUUGGAGGCUCGAGUAAAAACACUGACAGAAAGCCUUAUACAGAAACAAACAACACUGGAAACACUGAGUACACAGAAAAACUCACUGGCCUUACAGCUGGAGAGAAUGGAGCAACAGUAUAAGGAUAUCCAGUCAUCCUCAUUGAGGACAAACACAACGGUUGUCAAUGUACACGAUGAUGAAGAAGCAGUACGACAGAGAUACCCUGGCUUUAUGAGGGAGACACCAACAGAUCAUGAAGUCACAAAGAAAAUGAAAAGGGCUGCUAAUGUCAUUGACAAAUUCAGCAUAAGACUAGGUGUGUUUCUCCGGAGGUACCCCAUUGCCAGAGUGUUUAUCCUGAUGUACAUGGUAUUGCUGCACAUUUGGGUGAUGAUUGUACUUCUGACAUAUCAACCAGAAAUGCACAGUCAUAAUCCGGGAAGCCCCGUCCAGCCAGAGCCCCCUGGCCCUGGACAAUAAUCACAGGGGGCUGAAGGUCAUCAUAAUGGCUGUGAUAACUCUUAUCUAGAUUCAAAUGUUGAAGGACAUUCAAAAAAUCACAUAUGUAGACAUUUUAUAUAUAUAAGUGCAGUCUCUGUAUUGUGUUUUUAAAAACACUAAAAAAAAUUGGACUUGUAUAUGUAUAAUGAGUAAAAAAUUUUUUUAAUUUAUUUUCUGUAAGUGGUUGAGUGGGAAAUUAAAUUCCAUCAUAAAAAAGUUUCCAUCUGCAUAACAUGGCAGUAUUUAGAACAAACUGGAGCUGAAUUACUUUGAUUAAGCUGCAUUUAGCAUAUACGUGUAUCUAAACAUUAUACACUGAAAAUUUAGAUACAAUUAAAAUUGCCUUUUUCUUAAGCAAAAAUAUUUUUUCAUCUUUUUAUUCAUUGUCUUUGAGAUUGUUAAAUACAUGUAUUUUAAAUUUUCUGUUUAAUUUUUUCUUGCUUUCUUCUUGAUUCAUUUUUGUAUUAUAUCCUUUCAAAACUGACUCAUUUCUUAGUGACUUAAAUUUAAUUGUGAUAUUCUGUAUAAAGAGGGAUUCGCUGUUAUAUUUUUGUCAUGUUUGUAGGUGAGCAUUAACUUGCAUUGAAAAUAAUACCUGUACAUAUUUUUUUUUUAAUCUUGAAGACUCUGUAGAAAAGUAUAUAUUUUUUGUGAUUAUGAUAGAAUGUUCCCAAUAAGAAGUAAUCCAAUAGAGUCAUCGUAACACAAAUGAAGCUGGGCGCUGUUUGUUUCUGACAAAUUUUACCUAAUGAUGAUAUGUAGAAACAAGAUCUGAAAAAGAGUGAAUGGCCAUUUCUAAUUUCAAUGUUAAGUAUGAAAAGUGUUAAAGGCAUACAUACCAUUUCUUAGAAGUGAAAUGAAAGAUGCAUUGCUGUACACAGGACUUAUUAUUUAUAAGAUUAAGGUUUAAUGUUGCAUUAAAAAUAUACUGGGUAGA